CAUUAUCUCUAGUAUCCUAAAAAUAUUCUCAAUUACUAUUAACAGCGUGACUGAAACUCUUAACCUAUCAUCAGUUUGAAAGUCAACCGUCAACCCUGACAUGUCUUAUAAGCACUUAGCUUUUCCGAAUUUGGUUCUUUCAUGGAUGUUGUUGAACGCGUUGUCUCUACAUACUAUCAAUGGCCAAACGAUAACUACACCAUGUACAGGACCGAUGAUUACUAGUUUUACUCCAUGUAUGAAUUUCUUGACGAAUAGUAGCAGCAACGUUGGGGUUUUACCAAUCGAAGAUUGCUGCAAUGUAUUGAAGAAUAUGAUGACCAACGCCAUGAAUUGUUUUUGCCUUAUUGUUACGGGUGGCAUUCCCUUUCAAAUGCCUAUGAAUCCCAAUAUGGUUAUGUCUCUUCCUAGUGCUUGUAAUAUGCCUGGUGUGUCACUCAAAUGCAAAGCUCCCAGUCCACCUGGGGUUGUUGCGCCAGGUCCUCGUAGCGAUGCUGGGGCUCCAAGUGCUUCACCAACAACUGCUCCAAUUAUCCCUCCUCGUAGUCCUAAAGAUUCAACUGUUCCUCCGCCGUUGCCGUCUAAUUCAUCGCCACCAGCCGAUGAAAAUCCAACUCUAACGCCACCAUCUCCGCCAACGGAUUCGUUAAUUCCGGCAACAAAUACCGGCAGGCUAACUCCGGCAACACCAUCGGCUGCACCUUUUCUUGGUCAUGGAAUUUCACCGUUAUUAAUUAUUUUAGUUGCAUUUGGAGCAAUUCUUUGAGUUUGCAUUAGUAAUUUGAUAUAUGACUAUAAAUUGAAAUGUAGAUUGUGUAAAACAAUUAGCAGAAUUAUUCAUUAGUGACGUUGAUGGAUAUGAUUUAAAUUUAGUAUGUACUUAUUAUUUGGUACUUCAAUAGUUCUAUUUGAUUUUAAGAAUCCAAGUAAUACUAUGUAUUUGAUUAAUUUUUUC